CACAUGCCAUGUCAGGAUCAUCCGGAGGUCGGUCGUCUGCAAACAAAUCCGUUCCGUCUGAGGAUGAUGUGGUGCUCAUCCCAACGGAUUCGGCUCCCAGCAUCAUCAAUAACAACAACAAUGUCGCAGAUGGUCUCCGGCUGCGGAGGACUCCCCGACUAUCGACACCUUCGCAGAUAUUGGUACAGCUGGAUGCCUCACACAAGAAUAUUCUAGGAGCUGGGAAACAAAGGCUUCAAUCGCCAGUGUCAGCUCGAGCCAGCCCUUCUCCAACCGUUGGCUCUCCCUUUGAUCCGACUCCCGUCCCACAAGCAGACACUGGAGAAAGCAGACGAAAGCUCAAGGAAAAGGCAGGAUUGAUUUCGCGAGUAGGUCCUCGAGCACUGACGGUUUCCGUGGGGCUCGCACCGGAAUCCUUCCUCUACACAUCAGAUGACCCAAGAAAUCCCAUGGACAUCCGUAUUGAUGUAUUUAUAAAUGGGGAGUUUUCGGGGUCCAGCUUUGUGCCCGCGCGUUGGCGAAGGGAUGCAGUCAAACGCAAUGAACUCACUCAACGGCUUUCAGGACAUCGAGUCGAUCGUCUCUUGGAACGCCCAUGGAUUCUUGUCCCAUGCAGCCAGAACCCGGACGGAACAUUACGUGAGAAGCGGCGGGGUAGGAACUCGCAUUUCACUGCGCUAGAACGAUGGGAGCAGAUAGGCCUGGCCUUGGAUCAAGAGGGAAAGAUGAGGGGAGUCAAGGCGAAAGGCGAGAAGAGUUUGCUUGGUGAAUACUUGUCAAGCUUGGCCAAACUGCCAAUGCCAGACGCAGUCGAAGGGAUGCAGAAGAAGGGUGGACCCAGAUACGGCGUUCUCGAUGUCGUGGUAAUGCUAGGGAGAGGACGGAAAUAUGACCCACAAGCGCAGUAUCAAAAGGGCCCUGUGCGCAUGUUUGAUCCGCGGUUUGUCGAUGAUAGUCCAAAUGGCGGGUCUUAUCAUGGCACUUCUGUCUUUGCAACUCCCAAAACACCAUUGAUUGUGAGUGGUCCAAAAGCAGGAUUGGCGCGAUUACCACCGCCACGACCAUUUCCUAUCCUUGCAGAUCAACCACCGGAGGCAAAAGACACAAUUAUUCUUGUGUCGCAUGAGCCUGCUCAAGCGGCACCGCAACUGAAUCCCGCCCACAAUGCAUCUACAUCUGGCACUGGCCUACUUGAUAGAGGUGAAGAAAAGUUUGGUAUCGUCGGGACGCCCGCUACGUCCGCUACGUCCAGCUUAGUAUUACGGAGCAGCCGCCCACUCAAAGCACAGGCUGGGUUUCAUCCAUAUGUAACCCCAGUUCGGAAUCUCCCCGUGGAAGGCGGCAGCACUCUGAACGGUCAAUGGACCAGAAGGUCUUCUCGCCUGAACCCGAACGAUGCUCAAGCGGAUGUCGUCAAGCAACCUGAAUUGCCAUCUCACAUCGGCGCUGAUACACGAGGCGAUGACGAGCCUGAGCAGGACGCAGAUGUCAGUCAAACAAUUCAUGUUCUACCGCGCCCACUUUCCCUCGCCGCAAAGGAGACUAUCCAGACACCUUCGCCUGUACCUCCGCGCCGCAGACGAGGUAGACCGCCAACUAGGCCACAGCACCGUAACAAUGGGACAACCACUGCGAAUCACUUGGAUUCUGGAAUAUCCAAUACCCUUCCAAAUUCGACUGCAAAUCUCUCGUCUCUUGCAAGGGAAAUGCUGGGGAACCUUACCAACGGAACUGGCCCUGGUACUGGCCCUGGAACUGGCCCUGGAACUGGCAAUGGCAGUGGAAGUGGCAGCGACGGACACAGCAUUCGCACGCGUAGUGCUCAUCGCAACCACAACGGUGAAUCCACCAUGUCAAUUUCCACAGAACAUCAAGCCAUUCCAUCUUCUAGUACGGAUCACACGCAUCAAUACGACCGUCGCCAGACUCGCACAGGCUCUACAUCCUCCCGAAAGCCAUUGUCGUCAUCUACGCCGCGCGUCAAAUUGAAACUCAAUCUGAAGCCUAAUCCACACCAGUCUAGUCCAUCUCACAAUGCGAGGAAUAAUACCGGCUUGGACGGGACAAGUGAUUCGAUCGACGACCAUCGUAUUGCUACUGAUGAUGGCAAUGCACACGGCCAGCCAGUUCAUCAUGCGACUGCUUCAUCUCCAGACCAUUCUCUUCCUCUUCUUCUAAGUCGCCCGACAUCAACGACCUUGUCUGCGUCUGCGUCUGUCAUCUUGUCUCAAGGUUCUGAUACAGACAACGCAGUAAACUCCCAAAAUUCCCAACUCCCUGUAUUGUCGUCCUCGUCCGCGGGAGCAGUACAUUCCGAACAUAAACACGAACCAGUCGUGCAGACACUCAGUUCGCACUCUGUGCCUGCGCCUGCGCCUGUCCUUGUCCCUACUCCAGCGGCCGCAGGUACCGGGGAUACCAAGGGUCAGAUGGACCCUAAUACUGUCCCUGUCUCUGCCAUUUCCGCAACCUCGCAAGUCCAAGACCAAGUUCAAGUCCCAGACAACGAUAAUACCAAUACCAAUACCACAAACCAACCUCUCAAUCUCCCUGUCCCUCCUGUCCUUCCUGUCCUCCCUGUACCACUCAAUCCCACUCUCAAUCUCAGCGACGACUGCGUCCUCACAUACGCCCCUGAGACGCCCCUCCUCGGCACAACCCUCGACGUGUCCCGGCGGCAAAUCCGACCGGAGCGCGGCGGGGAAUUUCUCGAGAGUAGUGUCUUGGUCGGCGUGCGCUAUUUACUUGGGUGACGUCUCAAGUCUGAGGUCUGAUGUCCGUUAGGAUUUUUUUUUUAAAGUAUCUGUUACGAGCGGCUGGGUUGACGCUUUUAUAAAGUAUGCGUUAUGAGCAGCCAUUUGACGUCUUUCAAACUUUCUAUUACGAGGUCCGUCCCG